AUGCCUGCGUACCAUUCAUCCUUCAAUGAAGUCCCUGAUGUGCGUCAGGUGGGCAAUAUGUCUAUCCUUCCCAUCAGGACAAAGAUUCGAGGGCCUGCACCAUUAGCUGGACCUGAUGAAGCAGACAUUAUCGACGAGACUCUCGAUCUAUUUCGCGCCAACUCCCUCUUCCGCAACUUCGAGAUCAAAGGGCCUGCCGAUCGUCUCCUCAUCGUCCUAAUUCUCUUCGUCUCAGACUGUCUCGCGAAGAUUGGCACAGCUCGCGUGCCACCAUCACUAAUUGAAGCUGGCAAAUCGCUCAAUACGCUUGCUGUGGACAACUUCUCUAUACCCGGCGAUGCAGGCUUCCCACUCAAUGCACAUUAUGCACCACCCGCAAGUAGAGCAGACGCCGAUUAUCUCCGUGGAUACCUCGUACAAACACGCCAGGAACUUGCGGCAAGAGUCGUCGAAAGACUUUACGCUGAUGGUACGGGCAAACCGAGCAAGUGGUGGCUGUCAUUCCAAAAAAGAAGAUUCAUGAACAGAAGCUUAGCUUAAAUGUGUAAUCCUG